AUGCUACCAGUGGACAAGGCAUGAAUGUGAUCAUUGAGAUGUUGUCCAACGUCAACCUCAGUAAUGAUCUUCAGUUGCUUGACUUUGGUGGCAGAGUUAUUAUUGUUGGCUCUAGAGGCCCUAUUGAAAUCUACCCCAGAGACACCAUGAUGAAAGAAACCAGCAUCAUUGGUGUGGCUUUAUACAAUACAACUAAUAAGGAAACAUCCGAGUGUGCCGCAGCUCUUUUUGCAGGAAUGGAAACAGGCUGGUUGAAACCUGUCAUUGGUCCUGAAUAUACACUUGAUAAAGCAUCCCAGGCUCAUGAAGACAUCAUCAACAGCCCUGGAGCCAGUGGAAAGAUGAUUUUGAUCAUCUGAAAUUAUGCAGGAAGUAAAAAAUCCAAUCCAAUGCAACAUAAAUAAACUGUCAUUGCAUUAAAGGGAGUGUCUUAUUUUGUGUUCACAGAAGAAAGAAACUCAUACAGGUUUGGAACAAAAAUUUAAAU